AUGGCGUUUCCGGUUGUGUUGGUUUUCGUGCUCAGCAUAGCGUCAUUGAUCAUCUAUUUCUACGACGCAUCCAACCCUCAUUUCCAGGUGGAGACUUGCGUUUCGUGGGUUCAAAGCCCGUCGCAGCAAAUUGACCUCGCGUUCAACAUAUUCUUCCUGAUCUACUUCUUCAUUCGGUUCAUCGCCUCAACCGACAAAAUAUGGUUUUUACUCGAGGUGUACAGUUUCGUCGACUACUUUACCAUACCGCCUUCGUUCGUGGCAAUUUAUCUGGAACGAAACUGGUUAGGAUUAAGGUUCCUUCGAGCUCUUCGUUUGAUGACCGUGCCAGAUAUUUUACAGUAUUUGAACGUGAUGAAGACGAGCAGUUCCAUACGGCUGGCCCAACUGGUUAGCAUAUUUGUGAGUGUGAGCCUAACGGCCGCAGGGUUUAUACAUUUGCUCGAGAACAGCGGCGAUCCGUUCCGUAACUUUGAAAAUCCACAGCGUAUCACCUACUGGGAAUGUAUCUACUUUCUGCUGGUCACCAUGAGCACCGUUGGUUACGGAGACAUCUACUGCAAAACGACGCUGGCCAGGCUUUUCAUGGUGUUCUUCAUCUUGGGUGGUUUGGUAAGUUAUUUAAGACACAUCGUUGUAUGCGGCUACAUCACGUUUGAGUCGGUCAGCCACUUCCUGCAAGAUUUUCUGCACGAAGACAGGGAGGACGUGGACGUCGAGGUCGUCUUCCUUCACCGGGUUCCUCCUGACCUGGAGCUUGAAGGCCUGUUCAAAAGGCACUUUACCAAGGUCGAAUUUUUCCAGGGCACCGUUAUGGAUUCCAUCGAUCUGACACGGGUCAAGAUAGAUGAUUGUGACGCUUGCUUAGUGCUAGCCAAUAAGUACUCUUCCGACCCUGAUGCCGAAGAUGCAGCGAACAUUAUGCGGGUUAUUUCGAUAAAGAACUACUCUUCGGAUAUUAGAGUCAUCGUUCAGCUCAUGCAGUAUCACAACAAGGCAUAUCUUUUGAAUAUUCCAAGUUGGGACUGGAGGCGCGGUGAUGACGUAAUCUGCUUAGCGGAACUAAAACUCGGAUUCAUUGCUCAGAGCUGUCUAGCUCCUGGAUUUUCCACGAUGAUGGCUAACAUGUUUGCCAUGCGGUCGUUUAAAACAUCUCUUAACACGUCCAAAUGGCUGAACGAUUACUUGCGUGGUGCUGGCAUGGAAAUGUAUACUGAACGUUUUGCUAAUUGCUUUUAUGGCAUGCCUUUUCCAGACGCAGCAGACCGCCUCGUAGUCCGGAAUGGCUCCAGUAUUAUCUCUGUGGAUCCAGCAUGGAGAUCUAUUCCGAAAUUUUGUCUUGUAGUUUUGUCGGAAUGGCGUAUCCAGACGCAGCUUAGUAAGUUGUGCCUGGGUUUGCAGCGCCGCAUGUCCAAGUUUCGCUUCAACGUUAACACGCGCCUCUCUUCGGCGUUUUCCGACCGUCGUUUCCGCUUUGGCACUAACCUCGAGCUCAUUGCAAAGGACCAUUAA